AUGGAUACUUCCGAAACUGAUCGAACCAUUGCUGAACUUCUUGAAAAAGCUGAGAAAGAUCGAGAUUUUACUUUGAAAGAAAAGUUAAAAAUACUGUUAGCUGACCGCAAGAUUCCUUAUAUACCAAUAACAACUAAAAUCGAAUCACUUUGCCCACUUGGCAAUGGUGUUUUUGGCGUCGUUGAAUUAAUAAACUAUCAAAAGAAGUUAUAUGCACAUAAAAGAGCAAGACAAAAGACUAGGGAACAACGUAACAGUAUUCUUGACGAAGGAAUCAAAUUAUCUGAUAUAAAUCAACGCCAUCCAAAUAUUCAACGCUUAAAUUUUAUUAAUCUUCACACCAAUGGCAUUGUUAUUGACUAUUGUAGUAAUGGUUCGCUUGAUGCAUUUGUUCGGGGAACAAAUUUGGAUUAUACAUUGGUUAAUGUUCUCCAUUGGGGCUAUCAAUUAGCAGAUGCAUUAAGUUUUUUGCAUUCAAAUAAUAUCAUUCAUCGAGAUGUUAAAAUGCAAAAUAUUCUGUUGAAAGAUAAUUAUCAAACACUUGUUCUCACUGAUUAUGGUACAGCAACACAGUUGGGGAAAAGUUGGAUGACAGACAAUGUUGGUACACCAAUUACUAUGGCACCUGAAGUAUUUGCUUACAAUCAAUAUGCUGAACAAUGUGAUACAUAUUCAUGGUCAAUCGUGUUCUGGCAAUUAAUCACAAAACAAUUAUUACCUUAUGGAAAUAAUGGCAAAGGAUUUCUAAUAUCAGUUGUACGAGAUAAACUUCGUCCUGAUAGAAUCAAUCAUUGUCCAGAAUUGUUUCUUGCUUUGAUGUAUCGUGCAUGGCAUUCUGAUCCAAAUGAACGACCAAAAUUAUCGUUCAUAAAAAAAGUUCUUCGAUUAAUAUUAAACGAAUUACCGCAGUCAAAACAAAACUAUACAGAUGAAAUGGCCAAUGAUAUUCAAUAUCGAUGGCUACAUACAUAUAAAUUAUUGAAAAAAUAUCUACCGCAUAAACCACGUCCGGACGAUCAAAAAUCAAUUAAUCUCUAUGAGGAACAUCUAGCAGCAAUGGAACGCAUUAUUAAGAUUCAGCAAGAUCUGUCUGAAUUACAAGAACGAAAAGGAAAAAUUGAUGAUUAUGAACAAGUAUUAAAUGCAAAUCAACAAUUAGAAGAGACCAUUAAUGAAUUACGAUCAAAGAUAGUUGAUGCAAAAGGUAAAUAA